CGAAAGAACUAGCUUUCGACUCUUCAAUCCUCAAUAACAGGAUUCUGUGGUACUGCCGAGGCAUUGUUGGUUGAUCCGCCAUGAGCGACUCAAAUGACGACGAUACCGCCAGAAAGGGAGAGCAGAAAAAAGUGACAGAUCCUGUUACCCACUUGCCACUCCUUAUCCAUGACAACACGUCCUUUGAGCUCCACCAAGUGUCGUAUCCUUCCAGCAGUCCACCAGUGGGCCAGAUGGAUGCCGUGGUGAGGGACGAGCUGCAGCACCGACGAUGGCGGUAUUCGGAUUCCCAGGGCAAGCACAAGUCUCGCGCCUUCAUGACCAGCGCUAUUGCUGCGGGCGUUGGAGGGGCGGCGUCACUAACACUGUCGUGGAUGUUCCGGACCUUUGUCAGUUCCUCAGAGGUAUUGAAUCUGGUAUUGGGAAGUGCUGCGUGUUGCGCCAUGGGCCUCAUUGCUGGCGGUGCGGUUCUUCACUAUGAUGGGCAAGAGGAGCAGCCAUCUGUUGACCACAACAUUGAUUCGAGGCCUGAGUCUCUCACUAGCCCCGAGACUGCAGCAUGGUUCAACUCUUUCCUGGCCUCUCUAUGACCAAUCGUUAACCCCGCGCUUUUCACCUCUGUAUCCGACAUGCUUGAAGAUUCUCUUCAAGCGACGCUUCCCAAGCUUAUCCAUGGUGUUCGCGUCGCGGACAUCGGACAAGGUUCCGAGCCCCUUCGCAUCCUUGGCAUUCGUUCUUUGAAUGCUGAUGAGACCAAUGGCAUGAAACCAGAAGACGGAGAUUUUGUCAAUCUCGAGCUUGCCGUCGCGUACAAAGCACGAUCUGCUGGCCAGGAUGCUCGGCGUACAGGCCCUUCGCGUAAUGCCCAUCUUC